AUCCGUUCGCUCAUAUGAUAGAUAAAUUCGUCCACCACUAAUGCUGCCUCAUUGCCGGCGCUCGCCGCUGAUCCGUCUCAGUAAGUAUUUUCCACAUCGCGAAGAGUGGACUCAGGUACGGAGACAGACUGCCAAGUGCACUGUCGGGUGGAGGUGGAGCGCACACAUGGGAAUCAGAAUUGUUUCCGCGGGAUCAAACGUUUCGUCCUUACACCCACCUCUCAGUCUAUGGAACAUAUCAUAUAUACGCUAGCGAUAGACCAGCUUAGUAAUGCGUCAAGACAAUACUAAGCCU